GCCGCUGUCGGAGGCUCGGCCGGGCCGGGGCCGGUGGCGCAGAGCGGGACCCUCCCGAGCCCGCGUCCGUCCCGCUCCCGGGAGGGGAGGAGCCGGGGGGGCUCCCGGGGAGGAGCCCGGGGGGCUCCCGAUGAGGCGCCGGAGAAUGAACCAGCUGUACAUCGGCAACCUCAGCCCCGCCGCCACCGCCCAGGACCUCCGGCAGCUCUUCGGGGAGCGGCAGCUGCCUCUGCCCGGCCAGGUCCUUCUCAAGUCCGGCUACGCCUUCGUGGACUACCCGGACCAAAACUGGGCCAUCCGGGCCAUCGAGACCCUCUCGGGGAAAGUGGAGCUGCACGGCAAAGUGAUGGAAGUGGAUUAUUCCGUGCCCAAAAAGCUCAGGAGCAGGAAGAUCCAGAUCCGAAACAUCCCUCCCCACCUACAGUGGGAGGUGCUGGAUGGCCUCUUAGCUCAGUACGGCACGGUGGAGAAUGUAGAGCAAGUGAACACAGACACAGAAACUGCCGUUGUCAACGUGACUUACGCGACGAAGGAGGAGGCAAAAGUAGCAAUAGAGAAGCUGAGCGACCACCAGUUUGAGAACUAUUCCUUCAAGAUUUCCUACAUCCCGGAUGAAGAGCUGCUCGUGGGUCCAAGGAGCUGCAUGGCUCCCAUCCGUGGUGUUUGUUGGGAUUCCUCAUUGAUUCCCUCUACCUUGGGAGCAUCAGCCUGGUCUGUCAUCACCUCGUGUGGCCACCAUGACGUGUUCACCCUGUCCACAGUGAAGGGGUGGCAGCAAGUGUCCCUGUACCUGCUGGGAAUGGAUCCUCCAGGCCAAGCUGAGGGAGCUCCAUGGCUGGGAGCACCAACUGAAGCCACGGGAGAUCUGGAGAGAUGGAGCCUACAAAGGGCAUCACAGUCUUCACUCCCUAUUCAGUGCUUGGAUGGAACCACUCUGGGGUUCCCUUUGGAGCGGGUGGGGUUGGCCCUGCCCUUCUCUCACCCAGCUGCUCCCCUUCCACUGUCCGUGCUCCUGAGCUCCUGGAAGAGUUCACCUGUGCAAACCCGCCUGGAUCCCGCAGCAUCCCAGCGUGGCACUGUGAGGUGGCUGCCCCGCAGCCCUCGGGCUGCCAUGUGCAGCAGCAGCCUGGAUGAUCCCAUCGGGACAGGACCUCGGAGACGUGGCCGGAGGGAACCCAGCGUGUUGGAGCUGAGCACUGGCAGCGUUCCGGAGUGGCUGAGCUGCCACUACCGCGCCUGCUCGGAAGAUCCGGCCCCGGCUGCAGCAGUGACAGGGACACCAAGGUGGUGGCCGAUGGCAGGACGGCCGCACGGCAUCACCCUCCGGUGGGAAGAGCGCGUGGACUCGCGCGGAGAAGACGGAAAAGUUCUUCCCCCUGUUGUCCAAGGCACAUGGUUGAGGGUCGACAUCCAUCGGAAGGAGAACGCCGGCGCUGCCGAGAAGCCCAUCACCAUCCACGCCACACCAGAGGGGUGCUCGGAAGCGUGCCGCAUGAUCCUGGAUAUCAUGAAGAAGGAGGCUGAUGAAACUAAAUCAGCAGAAGAGAUCCCUUUGAAAAUCCUGGCACACAACAGCCUGGUGGGGAGGUUGAUUGGCAAGGAGGGCCGCAACCUCAAGAAGAUUGAGCAGGACACGGGCACAAAGAUCACCAUCUCCCCUUUGCAGGAUUUGACCAUCUACAACCCUGAGCGCACCAUCACGGUGAAGGGCAGCACGGAGGCCUGCUCCAACGCCGAGGUGGAGAUCAUGAAGAAGCUGCGCGAGGCCUACGAGAAUGACAUGGUGGCCGUCAAUCAACAGGCCAACCUGAUCCCAGGACUGAACCUCAGUGCUUUGGGCAUCUUCUCCACAGGGCUGUCCAUGCUCCCGUCCACCCCAGGGGCCCGAGGGGCUGCAGCUGCCACCCCGUACCACCCCUUUGCACAGCAGAGCAGCAGGAGGAGGACGGGCUCCUCAGCCUAUCUGUCGAGUCUGUAUGGAGGCCCCCCAGCCAGCGCCUUCCCCCAUCAACACCCCCUGCCGGAGCAGGAGGUUGUGAACUUGUUCAUCCCAACACAGGCAGUGGGAGCCAUCAUCGGGAAGAAGGGGCAGCACAUCAAGCAGCUAGCACGGUUUGCUGGUGCCUCCAUCAAGAUCGCCCCGGCAGAAGGUCCAGAUGCCAGCGAGCGCAUGGUGAUCAUCACGGGGCCACCUGAGGCUCAGUUCAAGGCCCAGGGGCGAAUAUUUGGAAAGCUGAAAGAGGAAAACUUCUUUAACCCGAAAGAAGAAGUGAAGCUCGAAGCCCACAUCAAGGUGCCUUCCUUCGCCGCCGGCCGUGUCAUCGGCAAAGGUGGCAAGACGGUGAACGAACUGCAGAACUUAACGAGCGCAGAAGUCAUUGUGCCCAGAGACCAAACUCCAGACGAGAACGAGGAGGUCAUCGUCAAAAUCAUUGGGCAUUUCUUUGCCAGUCAGACUGCCCAGCGCAAGAUCAGGGAAAUCGUGCAGCAGGUGAAGCAGCAGGAGCACAAACACGCUGAGGGAGCCGCGGCCUCGCAGCACAGCAAGUGAGGCUCCCGCCAGCAGCGCCUGACGAAUGUAACCCCCCGCCACUGCCGGAGCCCAGCAGGUUAGGGGACAAACCAAAGACCCCCGCGGCCCCCGGCAGCGCAGAACCGGGGCACGGGGGGCUCUCUCCAUCCCGCAGCUUCCGCCUUACUCCAUCGCCUCCCCCGCCCCGGCCCCAGCAGUUGGACUAACACAGGUAGAGAGAGGUGGUUUUUAUUUUGGAAUUCUCCCCAAACCUGCCCAUUCCACCCCGGAGGAGCUCGCCCAGCCUAGGGGGCCGCGGCGCUCGUUAAUUUAGAAUUAAUAUAUCAGUAACAAAACUAACGCCGAUUUUUAAGUUUUGUAAGAUUUUAUUUUUUAACUCACUUUUUAAAUUUUUUGGGGGGAGGGGGCUGUUUGUUUUUAGCAAAAGCAGGCUUUUCUAGAGGUUUAAUGGCAGGAGCUGGUUCAUUGGUUCUCUAAUGCACCGUAGAGCAGAGCUGUAGGAUCGCCAGCAGGGAAAAAAAAUACUAAAUUACUGUUAAAAAGCAAUUUCUGAAGGGCUUUGAGAAUAGCAGGGCCUGUAGGAGCCAAGAAGAUUCCUCAUGUUCAUUGUUCCUCUCCUUCACACACCUUUUCCUCUUUGCUUUUGACUCCAAAAGCGGGAUUCGCAUCUGUUCUCUGUCCUCUCUCCAUCACUGCCCAGCACUGACAUCCCUGGAAAAUUAAGGGGCAGCACCAGCCCUGCCCGCUUUGGACUGGGAUCUUUGGGGAAAGAUCCCUGUUGCAGGGAGAGGAGGGGGAAAUGGGUGAAAAAAAAUGGAUUUACAAGAGGUUGUCAGCCCAGGGCUGGAAAACCCAACCAGCAAAAUUGGCUUCAAAUGAAAAAUAACCCAAAUAACCCUCCCAACACACACACACACACAGAGAAAAACUACCUCAGGUUUUCAUACCUCAGCACCUUGCGCUUGUGUUGCCCUUUUAGAGAUUUUUGUAUGCCUUGUAAAACUGAUAGUUGGAGCAUUUUUUUAUUUUUGUAAUAAAAAAAAAACGAGUUGGAAAAAUGAUCUCGACCAAGUCAGCUGCGAGGUGGAAGAAGGAAACCAUUCCCCGUGUCCCAGAGCUCUUCCGUAGUCUCCUGCAAACCGAGAGCCAGUGGCUGUUCCUUCGGAGAAAGCUUGAGAAAUGGUUAAAAAGAAAAAAAAAAAAAAAAAAAGGGAAAAAUUAAAAAGCCAAACACAAAAGCAAAAGGGUUUAAUGAAAUCCAAGUGAUGGAUGGAAGUGGUGAAAGCCGAUGGGCAAGAGCAGGGGUGGGAGCAGAGGUGCCGGUGCCAGCACCGCUCCUGUGGGCUGCGAAUCCGUGUUUUCCUCUACUGCAAAGUGUUCUGUGAAAACCAACCGACAAAAAAGAGAAAUAUAUCCAGCUAACCAGA